AGAAUACUGGUUAAGCCAUUGGCUUUUGCCAUAGAACCUGUAAUGAGAGCAGUGCUGAGAAAACAAUGCUUUUACAUCUUUCUUAAAACUCAUAAAACUUGAUUUAGAAAGGAAAACUGCAUUUGAUUGUGAUGCUUCCUCAAAAUCUUUGGAAGUAAAAAUUGGAUGGCUUUUAAGGCAGACACCUUGUUAUGAAGAAUAUGUUGUGGCUGACACAUUUAAAGAAGAGUACUUAAGUAUGUAUUAUACUUGCCCAUGGGUUUCUUUUAAUGUGAUUCACCCAGAAGUUCGUUACUUAAAAUCAAAGGAAAUUACAGCAGAAUGUUUACAUGCAAUUCAGUUAUUGCCAUCUGAGGGCAACUUUACUGUACGAUUAGAGGGAAUUAAAAAUCCGACACCAUCAUGUGGAGGACAAAUACGUUUAGCAGACGAUUUGAAAGCUGAACAAAGUAAUGCUGUUAUUGAAAAUAAAGAAAUGCAAAAAUCAUUGCAAGAGAAAGGUCAUGCUAUAUCAAAAAGAGAUGCAGAGAAGGGUACAGAUAUUCAAGAUGCUAAUACUGAAAAUCAGAAAAUGAAAGAAAAUAACAAAAAAGAAACUGCGACUGUUAAAGAAGUAUCUUCCAGUACAAAAGACCAGAAUGUUUCACCUGAUCAGUCUUCAGAUGAUAAAGGAAAUCAGUCUACCACAAAAAUUACUCCAAUAGUUUCAAAGACAAGUGAUCACCAAGCAAAAGUGGAUAAAGAUGGAAUGUAUUUAUUUGUGUUAUUUAUUGAAAGUGUAGAUGGCAAACCAUUUAAUAUUACAGUUAAUAUUGAAAUGAAAAGCCAGUAUGGAUAUUUGUCUGCUGUAGAUUGGCCUUUGCUUCCAUUUUAUGGUGUAAUGUGUGGCAUUUAUGUUAUUUAUGCUAUUGCUUGGCUUAUUGUAACUGCCUUGCAAUGGAGAGAUCUCUUAAGAAUUCAGUUUUGGAUUGGUGGUGUAAUCUUUUUAGGACUUGUUGAAAAAGCUGUUCUAUAUGCAAAAUAUCAAUCUCUAAAUGAAUCGGGUGAAUCAGUGAAAGGAGCAAUUAUUUUAGCUGAAAUCAUAUCUUCAUUGAAACGAACUCUUGCAAGAAUGUUAGUGAUUAUUGUCAGUUUAGGCUUUGGCAUUGUAAAACCUCGAUUGGGCCCGUUGCUGCAUAGGGUUGUAUGUGUUGGAGUUCUGUACUUUCUGUUAAGUGCCAUGGAAGGAUUUAUUCGGUCUUUAAUGUUAAAAAAUGAUCCAAGCAAGCAAACAUUAAUAGCAGGUGUGCCACUUGCUUUUAUGGAUAGUGCAAUAUGCUGGUGGAUAUUCAGCAGUCUUGUACAGACAACAAGAACUUUGCAGUUGCGAAGAAAUCUAGUCAAAUUAUCUUUAUAUAAACAUUUUACAAAUACACUUAUUUUUGCUGUACUUGCUUCCAUAGCAUAUAUGAUAUGGUCUAUUCAUAGUCAUAAAUUCACAUCUUGUAUAACUGUAAGUAUAAUUUAGAUUCAUUAAAACUUUUUAGUUGUAUUUGUAGAAAUUUUUUUAAAAAUUUCAAAUUUAAUUUAACAAAUUUUUAAU